CCAGCUGAAAGACACUCUACGUAGUGCUGGUAAUCUCUCUGCUGGCAGCGGUCUCCUGCAAUCUUGGGAAUGUCAAGUUGCCAGUAUGCAAGUAUUACUUGGAGAGAAUCAUCUCAUGUGGCGAGAAGAGAAAAAACUGCACAUCAAAGCAUGCCCGGUACCUGCAUAUGAUCUGGUGAAGGGCUUGGACACGGCGAGACACAGCGCCGACACAUCUUUCUCAUCCAUCGCGGUGCAAGCUGUUGGUGAAGUAUGGUAUCAGCUAUACGAAGAGAACUCACUACAGGCCUUGCACAAUCCUGAUGAAGAGUCCAUGGCGGUUCGGUCGAAGUCGAACGUCCAAUCUGUUCUGCAACAAAUUGUUGCUCAGCUUUCAGCCCUCACAAGUCAAGUAACCAUUCCUACUCGUACAGGUGAUGGCGUUGUCAACACAAUGCUCUGGCCGUGUAUUCAUACACUGCUACGAUCGCUGUGCCAAGCCGUGGAAAUCCCACCCACAUUCGAAUGGUCAUCGGUCAUGAUCAAACUGCUAAGAAUGUCGUCCGCUCCUGGAGAUGUUCAUAGCGAGUGCCUGACAAUACUGUUGAAGAGCUACGCUAAAGAAUACGACAGCACCAUGCUGGUCAACCUGAUCACCGACGGAACGUUUCUCAAGUUUUCUUUGGAUAAUCAGAAGCUUCUCCUGUCCAGGCUAUACAGCGGGAAGUUACCGAGUGUAGAAUUAAAGUGCCUGUGUGCAUCGCUCGGACAGUUAUUUGCUGACAGGGAGAAACACCAGUGUGCGGCCUUCCUGCCCGAAGCCAUCGCGAACGUCUGGAGCUCGUGUCGCGAUCACACCGACCACGGCGAGAUCGUCUGGGAAGAUCUUCUCUGUCCUGUGGUGACGCAAUGGAUCAACUCUAACGAGAGCAAGGUUCUCUCUGAUCUGAUCUACUUGUCACCAAGCCUGAUGAGGGCAUAUAGCCAGGAGGCCGCCAGCAAAGCUAAUCAUCACCAGUCUGAGGUGUUGACGUUGCGCAUGUUUGCGUUCAGAAUGCUUGAAGCCAUGCACUCAGACAAUGGCGUUGGACCGUUGCUCAUGGCGGUGGAAACUGUAGUGGAUAACUGCCCGGAUGAUCAAAUAGUGGACAUGAUCAUGUUGCUAAGCAGCCUAGCGUGUCACAGGCAAACAUCCGCAUUCUCUACUUCGCUACUGCAAGUGUUGGAACGCUUGAGCUCUUCAAAGCGAUCGACAACACAUUUGAUUGCUGAUAUGAUCAUAUCCUGCUGCUCAUCUCUCCUUCAAGCUGUCAACAGCGGUAACACUAUCACCGCUACCCUCACCUCUAGCAGCAGUAGCAGCAGUGGCAAGACUUUAUCACCGGCAUCUAAUCUGCACGCUGACCACACUGACCACCACCAGCAGCAGCAGCAGCAGCCCCCUCUGGAUAGCUUACUCCACAACAUGUUACUAGCGUCCGGUGGUGACGAGCAAUUUCUUCUAUCCGCAUCUAGACUAGACCAGCAUGCCACAAGGUUCUGGCUCGCCGAUUGGUUUAUGCGCACUGGCUGUGAAUGUCUGCCCAGUUCACUGACUUCACUGGCUGCUGUUCCGGCCAUGUCUGUGUUUCUGAAGGCGUUUGGCCAUGUGCUGGGUGCACUGGAGACAGCGGUUAGCGAGCUCAACCGUGAUGCUAUUUGUCUGUCCAGUCUCCGUGAUUGUCGCAGAGCACUUGCUGCAAACAUACCGUCCAAUACUUGAACAUUUCGUUUUUCACGGCUG